UCCGCGCUUACAGGCACGUGGGCACGUGACACUGUCGAAGGAGCUUGUUCCAGCGUAACUCACACUGGUGUUCGUUCGUCGUUGUUCCACUACGAGACGAUCUUGCUAAGCCUAACGAUGUGGAGGCCGGCAUCUUGAGGGUGAAGUCGUAUUGUCCAGGGCUCAGCGUUCUCUCUUGGCGGUACCGGCAUCAGGCUCUCACAAGUGUCAUUGCUUCUGGGCGAGUGGAGUCUUCUUGCUGUCACACAGCCCUCUCGGAACCAUGGAAUCGAAUAAGCCACCGGUAACGGAAUCGGAUGACGGAUUUCAGCCCCCAAACGAUUCCCUGUCGUUGCUCAGAGAAGAGGUGAAGAAAAAAACAGGCUCAAGGACACAAUCUGCAGGUACCCCAGAACCAGUUCCACACAAGCGCAAGCGCCACAAACGCAGACACAGCAAGAGUCAUAAUGAGAGCGAUUUCCCACUGUCACCUCCCUGCGGUCUGAGCUCCGAAGACGACUCAUCGGGUCCCGUGCCUUCCCCUUUCCCUCUACUCGAACCAAAUGCGAACAGAGCCAAGAGGCCCAUAGGUGAUCCCGGGUACACUCCGUUCUCGAGCCUAGCGUCGCCAUCGUCAACUCCAACCGAUGGUAGCCCACAAAAAGGUCCUAUACACGACCUGAUGCCGACCCCGGACAGCCCUUGGAGUGAAUUUGCGAAACGCGAAGGAGGCCAUCGGGACAGCUUGGAACGAAGACAUAAGGCGACUCCCAGAGCAAGCGCGGAAUCACCACCAAUGUUGGCCUUGUCCAAAAAGUCCAAGAAGAACGCAAAAAAGCGUACGGAAGAACCAUUUGAUACGGACUACGUUGCACCUAAGCACUCUAAAGCAAAAGUCCAGCGGGAUUCCCUGACAAAAAUGCCGGUGAAACAGAAGCUGUUGAGGACACCGGACGUGGAGGUUGAAGAUGGAGACGCGUCGAAGGCCGCGCAGGAUAAGCCAGUGGACGAAGGUAGUCCGAGGAAUACGUCGAGCAAACAACCGGAAUCUCCAAUCGGGCCAGUUGAACCACAAGCAGCAGCUGAGUCUCCAGGACAGCCUAGUGGAGCACGACGAAAGACCUUUCCAUUCGGCAUCAUCGGCAGAAGAAGGGAAAAGAGAACUUCCCUGGUAGCGGACACCAUGGACGUGACUCCACCCGAUCGCCAUAGAUGCAAGAUGUUUCUCAAGAAGUUCACGGAGCAUCUCAUGCUGGGCCUGUUGUUUGGUGGCAUCGGAGGUGGCUUGGCCCUGGGUCAUGCCCUGCGCCUUUCCGGCAUCGUCUGGAAGAGCCGCGAGAUCAUGUACCUGGCCUUUCCAGGGGAGCUGCUUUUACGGAUGUUGGCUAGCGUUUCUUUACCUUUCAUGAUCUCCAGCGUAAUUGCUGCGAUGGGCAGCCUCCAGCCCAGAGUGCUCGCUCGUAUUGGUGCAUGGACCUUGUUGCUCUGGGUGGCCACCAAAGUUAUGGCUGUGAUGGUCGCGAUAUCCGUGGCCGCCGUACUGAAACCCGGCAUGGGAGAACACGACAUCAAGAUUCCUCCCAGAAUGCCCAGGACAUCGGCUUCAGUUCUGGUCGUCGACAAGGCGCUCGACAUACUGCGGAACCUAUUUCCAUCGAACGUCCUGGAAGCCUGCGUCUACACCACUUUCACCAAGAUAGAGCUAUCCAGUGAAGUGGACCUUCGGAUUCUCGCUAAUUCCUCUGCCGUGGAUAAAUUGAGCUACUCCGUGGUGAGGGACACUCGACCCAAUCAAAUGGGCCUCCUUACUUUCUGCAUUCUCAUUGGAGGAGUCCUUUCCGUCGUUCAUGAACAACAUAAUGCCGUGCUCAAUUUCUUUGUCAGCCUCAGUAAUGCCGUUAUGAUCGUCACCCAAGUCAUCAUGUGGUACUCUCCCAUUGGGGUGUGCUGCUUGGUGGCCAGCUACGUCGUGUCCGAGCCCACUUUCGUCUGGCAACUUGACCCACUUUGGGCUGCUCUGGGAGUGGCGCUCGCUGUACACGGCAUAUUUGUGCUGCCUUUCGUGUAUGCUGUCUUUGUGCGUUCCAACUGCUCUCAGUUCUUCUUCAGCGCCCUGCCGCCUAUCGCCGUGUCCUUUGGAACCGGCUCAAACUGGAGGUCGAUGCCAGUGGCCGUCAGCACCCUGGAAGACAACGCGGGUCUGGAGCCACGACUCGUACGUCUCCUGGUGCCUAUUGGAUCCUUGAGCAAUAACGAUGGCAGUACCGUCUUCUUGGCAGUGAUCCUCUGUUAUUUUGCGCAGCGGUACCGUCUGCACCUGGACAUUGUUGACUACGCGUUGCUUGGGACGGUGUCAGUGCUUGGCAGCAUGACCAAGGCCAGUGUCGGAUCUGACAUAGGAUCCAUAUUUCUAUUUGUAUUGGAAGCUGCCGGAAUGCCUACAAUGGAAGUGCAAAUAAUCUACCUGCUUCAUUGGGCAUUUUAUCUGCUUGCGACGGCUGUGAACACGUUGGGCAACGCCGUGAGUGCAGCCGUGGUGCAGUCGCUCUGCGCUAACGCCUUGACAUCUGAAGAGUCGCCAGAGGACGGCAGAGGAAACGACAACAGAAACGAAGAGUCUAUCAUUGGACAAUAAUACUUCAAUUCAAUACAUACAACGUAUACAAUG